AUGCUAUAUAAUUUUGAUUUUCCAAAACAACAAAGUCCUGUAUUGUUAAUUAAUUAAUCACAGUAAAAUAAUGGGACUCUGAAGAAUGUGUCAACCUAAAAAUCUCUGAGCCAAAUUUCCAAUUUUGAUCAGACUAAUGAUUUUAAAAACAAGUUAUUACCUCUUUUAAAUAAUAAAUUGAAAUAGAGGAAUUCAACCAAAAUUGCUCUUUAAAGUCCAAGGCUCCUACUAUUGUAAAGUGACAACUCAUGUGAUGAUCAAAACAAAAGAGUGAUGCGCAGAUAAUUGCCUUCGAUAUACUUGAAACAAAAUAACAAUACCUAAUCAAAUUGUUCAUAAGAUAAGUUCAGUUUGAGUCCUUAAAAGCAGGAAUUAAAUCAAUUGAGCAAACGAGUUUUCACUGAUGGAACAGAUAACUUUGAGUCCAAUAGGUUGAGCCUCAGAAAAUUAAAUGAAUUAUUAAAUAGUCAUUAUGUUAAAAUCCCAUAACCUACUGCCAUAUAACGUUUCCCAGAAAUUUAGGAACUUUAAGAUCUACCCAAAUAAAUGGAACUGAUUUUCAAGAAAAAUAAUAUCAAUCCAAUAAAAAUAAAAGCUAAUUUUAAGUAUUAUAGCCCCAGAGAGAAGAAGAACACAACUUAAUCAAUUGAUUCCUUAAUUAAAUUGCUAAAAAAAUGA